AUUGGCGGAUACUUUUUGUUCCUGGGCAGCGCGCGGUCGACGAGUAGAAGACACUUUCAUCUAUAAGCUGGUUCUUCGUCUUAUUCAGGAUAAAAUUCUCAUAGUCUGAUUAUUCCUGCUUCUUUUUAUGUGUUAGGUUAGACUCUUCUGAAGAUAUGGCGGAGAAACCAGUGUGGGAACAAAUAGGGACGAGUUUUGUGCAGCAUUACUACCUACAAUUCGACACGAAUCGCGCCAACCUUGCUGAUAUAUAUACUGAUUCUUCGUGUCUGACGUGGGAAGCACAGGGAUUUCAAGGCAAGGCUGCGAUAAUGACAAAACUCAGUAGUCUCCCAUUCAAGACCAUUGAACACAGCAUCACAGCGCAAGACCACCAGCCUACCCCUGACAGCUGUGUCCUCAGCAUGGUUGUAGGGCAGCUGAAGGCAGAUGAGGACCCUGUGAUGGGCUUUCACCAGAUGUUUCUGCUGAAGAAUAUCGACAACAAAUGGGUCUGCACCAAUGAUGUGUUCCGGUUAGCUCUUCAUAACUUUGGACAGUAGUGUCAGUUAAGCAUUUUCUCCUUUAUACAGUUAAUUGUUCUGGCUGUUUAAAAUCUCUUCUCAUCUCAUCGCCAUUAGGCAUUUCAUGUCAGACCUUGGUUUUGUAUCUGUUUAUUAUUCAGCACUUAUGAUUAAAACCAUUAUCGAGACUCUAGAAAUGGGAUUUUA